CACUGACAACCGCCUACAGCCGGUUUCCCAACAGAGAGCACCGGUUGGGACGGGGUCCGCUCCGGAUCUCUCUGGUAUUAAUCUUCACUGUUGGUUCCCAAGAUUUCUUUGCCUUGGGGCCUGGAAAAUUCUCCAAUCUCUUGAUCUAUCAUAUAUUUACGCACGAAGAUCUCUCGUUGAAGUUAGAUUUUGGGAAAUGGCGGACGACGAGAAAGAGAGAGAGGGUGCACCCUCCCGUGGAGCUGAUUGGGAAGUUGUGUCUCUAACUGCAUCUACGUAUGCUGCUGCACCUGGUCCAGAAGGAUUCUUUGAACCAGCUGAUGAGAAUAAAGACAGGGAGUUCAACAAAAACGAUAGCAGUUCUUCUGGUGCAUUAUUUAUGUCUGAUCACUUUGUAUUUCCACCAGACAAGCACGAGAAUCUACCAAUAGAACCUGAAUUCAGUGAAAUUCAUAGUGAAGCAGAGGGUCAGAAAGAGAACCGUGCUGAGGAUGAUAAUGAGCCAAAUAAAAUGGAUGAAGAAAAUGUGCAGAGAAAAUCCGAUGAUGUCCCACAUGGAAUUCAGUAUGGUAUGGAGUAUGAAGAGGGCAAGGGAUUGCAAGACCCAAAUUUGGUUCAGGAGGAGCAGGGUAUGUAUGUGGAUCCUGAAGUUAGUUCAUUUCAUGCUGAAACAAGCAAAAGUGAGUUAGUGCCUCAUGCCGAGAGCACGGAGUUCUACGAACAUUCUCCCCAAAAUCCGGAAUCUCCUCCUGAGUAUGCAAAGAAGAAUGAAGAGAAUAAAUCAGAUGAAUAUGGCGCUCCUGAAGCUUGGUGGAGAAGGCAUGCUGCAUCUUUGUAUCGUCAUGUGAAGGAGGCUAACACAUUUUGGUCUGUCUGUGUGGCCACUGCUUUGAUGGGACUUGUAAUUCUUGGGCAGCAGUGGCAGCGUGAAAAAUGGCAGCUUCAUCAAAUUAAAUGGCGGUUUAGCAUCAAUGAUGAGAAGGUGAGCAAGAUGCGGGGUCCGCUGCGUCGAUUUAAAGAUGUUCUGGUAGGGGGCCACCAGCGGAGCAUCGGUGAUGGUGCUGUAUCAGCCAGCCUUUGAAUUGCUCAUCAUGGUGACAAAAAGCAUGUAGUACUUAUAAAAGAUGGAUUUUUUUUUUUUCAGGAAGCCUGGGAAUUUAAUUUAUGCUUCUGACACUAAGGAGACACCGCAGUUUUACUUUAUAAUGGUUAUCUUUUUCAUACACUGUUUGUGUCAA